AUGAUUUCCCGCCCUUUUGUGGCCCUGAUUCGGGCUACAAGGAACAGUCCUUGCAAAGGCAGAUUAUUUGCGCCGGCUACCAAGAACGUUUGCUUUGCGUAUUCUACGACCGCACAGCGUAAAGAGUAUGUUGGCGCAGGCAUUCUCAACCCGAACAAGUCCGAGCUUGUUGAUGUAUCCAAAGUGCUGAUUAUUGGCUCUGGCGGCCUGUCCAUUGGCCAGGCUGGUGAAUUUGACUACUCCGGUUCCCAGGCUAUCAAGGCUCUCAAAGAGGCCAAGAAGCAGACCAUUCUCGUCAACCCGAACAUUGCAACCAACCAGACCAGCCAUGCUCUGGCUGACGAGGUCUAUUUUGCUCCUGUCACCCCUGAGUAUGUUUCGUACAUUAUUGAGCGCGAGCGUCCCGAUGGAAUUCUGCUUACUUUCGGUGGCCAGACUGGCUUGAAUGUCGGUAUCGCUCUCGACAAGAUGGGUGUUCUGGACCGCUUCAAUGUCAAGGUCUUGGGUACUCCCAUCUCCACUUUGGAGACCUCCGAGGACCGUGACUUGUUUGCUCAGGCUCUGAAGGAGAUCGAUAUUCCUAUCGCUCAGUCUGUCGCUGUUGACAACGUCGAUGACGCCCUGGCUGCCGCCGAGGAAGUUGGCUACCCCAUCAUCGUCCGCUCUGCUUUCGCUUUGGGUGGUCUUGGUUCUGGUUUCGCCAACAACCGCGAUGAGUUGCGCAACUUGGCUUCUCAGUCUUUGUCUUUGUCCCCCCAGAUCCUUGUCGAGAAAUCUCUCAAGGGCUGGAAAGAGGUCGAGUAUGAGGUCGUCCGUGACAAGGAGGGUAACUGUAUCACCGUCUGCAACAUGGAGAACUUCGAUCCCCUGGGUGUUCACACUGGUGACUCGAUUGUCGUUGCUCCCUCUCAGACCCUCAGUGAUGAGGAAUACCACAUGCUCCGCAGCGCUGCGAUCAAGAUCAUUCGUCACCUCGGCGUCGUGGGUGAAUGCAACGUUCAAUAUGCCCUGCAGCCCGACGGACUCGACUAUCGUGUGAUCGAGGUCAACGCCCGUCUGUCCCGUUCCUCCGCUCUGGCUUCCAAAGCCACUGGUUAUCCUCUUGCCUACACUGCCGCUAAGAUCGCGUUGGGUCAUACUCUGCCUGAGUUGCCUAACGCCGUCACCAAGACCACCUCUGCCAACUUCGAGCCCUCUUUGGACUACAUUGUCACCAAGAUCCCUCGUUGGGAUCUGUCCAAGUUCCGUCAUGUGAAGCGUGACAUUGGUUCCAGUAUGAAAUCUGUCGGUGAAGUCAUGGCUAUUGGCCGCACUUUUGAGGAGUCUUUCCAGAAAGCUAUCCGCAUGGUUGAUCCCUCCAUGGUUGGCCUCCAAGGUGCUGAUUUCGGUGAGGAACUCGAUGAUGUGCUCAGAAACCCUACUGACCGCCGCUGGCUGGCGGUUGGCCAGGCCCUGUUGCACGAAAACUACUCUGUCGACCGUGUCCACGAGUUGAGUAAGAUCGACAAGUGGUUCCUUUACAAGAUUAUGAACAUUGUCAACAUGCAAAAGGACCUUGAGUCUCUCGGCUCCCUGGCCGCUGUAGACCGCGAGACGCUGUUGCAGGCUAAGCAGCUUGGUUUCAGCGACAAACAGAUUGCUCUUGCCACCAAAUCUACUGAGAUUGAGGCCCGUGCCCAUCGCCUCUCUUUCAACAUUCGCCCCUGGGUUAAAAAGAUUGAUACCUUGGCUGCCGAGUUUCCGGCUGACACUAAUUACCUCUACACUACUUACAACGGCAGCAAGCACGAUGUUGAGUUUGGCGACCAUGGUACCAUGGUUCUGGGCUCUGGUGUGUACCGUAUCGGCUCUUCUGUUGAGUUCGAUUGGUGCGCUGUUUCCACUGCCCGUGCUCUGCGUGAGAACGGCAUCAAGACUAUCAUGGUUAACUACAACCCCGAGACAGUAUCCACUGACUUUGACGAGGUCGACCGUCUGUACUUUGAGGAGCUCAGCUACGAGCGCGUCAUGGACAUUUACGAGCUCGAGGCGGCUAGCGGUGUGAUUGUCUCUGUCGGUGGCCAGCUGCCUCAGAACAUUGCAUUGCAGCUGCAGGAAUCCGGCCACGCCAACGUUUUGGGUACCGACCCUCGCAACAUUGACAAAGCCGAGGACCGUCACAAGUUCUCUCAAAUUCUGGACUCUAUCGGCGUGGACCAGCCCCGCUGGAAGGAGCUGUCCUCCAUUGCCGAGGCCAAGGAAUUUGCCAACGAAGUUACCUACCCUGUCCUUGUUCGUCCCUCUUAUGUUCUUUCCGGUGCUGCCAUGUCUGUCAUCCGCUCUGAAGAGGAGCUGGAGUCCAAACUAACCAACGCUGCCGCAGUUUCUCCCGACCACCCUGUUGUCAUUACCAAGUUCAUUGAAGGUGCUGAGGAGAUUGAUAUUGACGGUGUUGCCCACAAGGGUAAACUGCUUGUUCACGCUAUUUGCGAGCACGCUGAGAACGCCGGUGUUCACAGUGGUGAUGCCACUUUGAUUCUGCCUCCUCAGGAUCUCGAUGACAACACAUUGGCUCGUCUCAAGGAGAUCGCCGAGAAGGUUGCCGCCGCCUGGGAGAUCACCGGUCCCUUCAACAUGCAGGUGAUCAAGCAGGGUGAUGCUCUCAAGGUCAUUGAGUGCAACAUUCGUGCUUCUCGUUCGUUCCCCUUCGUUUCCAAGGUUCUUGGCACCAACUUCAUUGACGUGUCCACCAAGGCUCUUUUGGAUAAGGAUGUUCCUGCUCCUGUUGACCUUCUUGCCGAGAAGCGCAACUACGUUGCUACCAAGGUUCCUCAGUUCUCUUUCACUCGUCUGGCAGGUGCUGAUCCCUUCCUUGGUGUCGAGAUGGCGUCCACCGGUGAGGUUGCCUGCUUUGGUUCCGACUUGCUCGAGGCCUACUGGGCAUCUCUUCAGGCAACCAUGAACUUCAAGCUGCCCAAACCCCCCAGCAGCCUGUUGGUUGGCGGUGAUGUCCAUGCUGCUUUCCUAGGUGACGUCGUCGAGAUCUUGUCCAAGCUGGGCUUUAAGAUUCUUGUCGCCAAGCCCGAGGUCAAGGAGUACCUUGACAAAAAGGGAAUUUCCACUGAACUCAUUGAGCUGAUCAAGAACGACAAGCGCAAGCUUGGUGAGCAGUUCAAGGCGCACGACAUUCGCGGCGUCAUCAACCUUGCUCGCGCCCGUGCUGAGGACUUGAGCGACGAGGACUACAUUAUGCGCCGCAACGCCAUCGAUUUCGGCCUACCGCUUUUCAACGAGCCCAAGACCGCCAUGCUUUUCGCCCGCACUCUUGAGGCCAAACUGCCGACUCUCGGCUCUGGCAAGAUCCCUCCCGAGAUCAAGCGCUGGAGCGAAUUUUUGGGAGGCAAGCCCGUUUAG